AUGAGCAGUUUGCAAGAAAAGCUCGUGGUCUACACUCUGGACGGCGCAAUCAAUGAUUUCUUUAAAAGUCACACAAAUGUAACCCGACAACAGUGCGAUGGCUUGGCCGCUUCUAUUGUCGGCAAGCCUGUCGAGCCUGUACCCAUUCAAGGCUCGUUCAGCUACACAGUCAUAGCGGGAACUGAUCAAGCCAAGAUUGACCAAUUCCGAACCCCAGAGUCGACGUUAGACAUCAAUACUCUCGAUCUAGCCAGAAACAUCCACGGCAAGCUGGUCCCAAGUCCCGUCUACCAUGGCAAGAUUGGACAUCUCGCAUCACAGCUACAUGUCUAUGUAAUGGAUAAGAUACCAGGGAGUGUUUAUGUCCAAGCGCAGUCACACUAUCAUGUUCCUGUAGGGACCUUGCUGGAAGCCUCUCUCCAGCACGCCAAUACCGUAGCGUACAUGGCAAGGUUCUUCGCUCAGUCAUGGAACAACAGGCAAACUACCAGGCCCUGUAUUGUUCAAGCCACUCACAAUGACUACCGGCAGAAACUUCAGCUCCUCUCAGAAGCUCUUCCCUCUCGAUUCACACAGAACCCGCAAAAGGCCAUCGGUGGCCUGGAGUUGCUCCUCACGCCGGAAUACCCCAUGGUCCUCGGCCACGGAGAUCUCAACGCAGUGAACAUGACGGAACCAUCUAUCGGCCACAUCAAGGGGAUUAUUGACUGGGCUGAAGCAGAAUCCAUCCGCUGGCACUACUACAGCAAUCAUCGGGUCUUGGAGGAGCGCUUUUGGCAGACUUUCCAAGAAAAUGCCAUGGGUAUCGGCGCUGCCGAGAUGCGGCGUAUUGGGACAGCAAGCAUGACUGGUACUUUUCUUCGCUACGGCUUCCGCAGGACUCGGGGCUCGGAUGUGGUGUUGGAGUAUCAACAGCAUCUCUUCCAAGAGCUCCGAGCAGAAGAUGAGCUCGUCGUGCUGGCCCGUGGCCUGGGGCUGAUGCGCCUCGUCACAAACCUGCUUCACUCCUAUGACGCAGCCGGAAAUAAUCUCAUAGUCAUUGUAGGUGCUGAAGAGCGUGAAAAUGGCUGGAUCGGCGAGGCAUUGGCCGAGCACGCCGCCAUCAGUGCUGCUCCAAAGGCCCGGGGCUUAACGGUUGUGAAUACCGACUUCCAAAGCGUUGGUGCACGCGAGAAGAUGUACGCCGGAGGUGGCAUCUUCAGCAUCACUUCGCGUAUCCUAGUUGUCGACCUUCUUACCGGCCUGCUGGAUCCAGAGUCAAUCACGGGGCUCGUCGUGCUUCACGCUGAUCGUGUUGUCGCAACUUCACUCGAGGCCUUCAUCCUCAGAGUGUAUCGGCAGAAGAACAAGAUUGGGUUUCUGAAGGCCUUCUCCGACAAUCCUGAUCCUUUUUCUACGGGCUUCUCCCCGCUGUCGACCAUGAUGCGAAAUCUGUUCCUGAAAAGGGCGUCGUUGUGGCCGAGAUUCCACGUCACUGUAGCACAGUCUCUCGAAGGCAAGAAGAAGGCCGAAGUCAUCGAGUUGGAGGUUCCCAUGACGGAUUCCAUGACGGAUAUUCAAAACGCCAUCAUGGAGUGUGUAGAAGUCAGCAUUCACGAGCUCAAAAAGGGCAACUCGGGCCUCGAAAUGGACGACUGGAAUCUCGACAGCGCCCUGCUUAAAAAUUUUGACGUCAUGGUCCGACGGCAGUUGGAUCCCAAUUGGCACCGGGUGAGUUGGAAAACACGGCAGAUUGUAAACGAUCUCACGGUGCUGCGCGGUCUCUUGACGUCCGUUCUGGCAUAUGAUGCGGUGUCGUUUUUGCAGCAUCUUGACACCAUCCACGCAGCGCAUUCACCUCCGCCUGGAUCUACGAGACAAAAUCAAUCACCUUGGCUGUUUUUGGAUGCAGCUCAGACAAUAUUCGACACGGCGCGAAGGAGGGUGUAUUCGGCCAGCGCAAAAACAGUCUCGCAAAGUGGCGAUAAUAUCGACUCUUUACGGCCAGUCCUCGAGGAGCUUCCAAAGUGGGCUCUGCUUGCUGAAGUGCUCGAAGAGAUUGACAGAGAUCUCUACUUCGAACCCCCUGCCAGAGACGACUCAAACGGAACUAUACUAAUAAUGUGCUCAAACACGGAUACAUGUAGACAACUCCGCGACUACUUGCAAACAAUGCAUGUAAAGCCCAGGGUCGCAACUCCCACGACCACCAAGGAAGAUGAAGAAGAUGCGCACAAACCGUCGGCUGCUUUCAUGAUGAGAAGACGUCUACGCAGCUACCUAACCUGGAAGCGACAGUUCGCCCAAGUCAGCGCAACGCUCUUCUCCGAGAACCAAAAGGCCCUCAACGGCGCAGCUGAUUCCCGACCUGGCCAUGCUGGCAUGGGCCGUGGCAAACCCCCCUCGAACAAGAGGAGACGCGUCCGUGGCGGAGGUAACGCCGGUGUCUCGGCAGGACGGACCGACACGGGUGUUAUUGCGCAGUACUUUGAGAAGCCAGGCGAAGUGGCCCAUCUCAUGGCCGAAGUCCAGAUCACGGAAGAGGAAGCCCAACAAAAGGACGACAUCAUCGCCGACCCACUAGACGACAUGGAAGAUUACUAUCAGCUGUACGAAAUGCAAGACCUAGUCGUGGUCCACGCCUACGACGGCGACCAAGACGAGCACGUCCUCGAGGAAGUCAAACCCCGAUAUAUCAUCAUGUACGAGCCAGACGCCUCCUUCAUACGGCGGGUAGAAGUCUACCGUUCGUCGCACAAUGACAGAAACGUCCGUGUCUACUUCAUGUACUACGGGGGCUCGGUCGAAGAACAGCGCUACCUUUCGUCAGUCCGUCGGGAAAAGGACUCCUUCACGAAACUCAUCAAGGAACGAGCCAGCAUGUCUCUCGUCAUGACGGUCGACCCUCACGGCAUCGAAGACGCGCAAGAAGCGUUCCUCCGCACAGUCAACACGCGGAUUGCAGGCGGCGGGCGGCUCGCAGCGACAGCCCAGCCGCCGCGCGUUGUAGUCGACGUUCGAGAAUUCCGCUCCUCCUUGCCAUCCCUCCUCCACGGCCGGUCCAUCAUCAUCGUGCCCUGCAUGCUCACAGUCGGCGACUAUAUCCUCUCGCCCAACAUAUGCGUGGAGCGUAAAUCCAUCAGCGACCUCAUCUCGUCCUUCAAGGACGGGCGUCUCUACACGCAGGCAGAAACCAUGUUCCAGCACUACAGGUCCCCGAUGCUCCUCAUCGAGUUCGAUCAGAACAAGUCGUUCACGCUGGAGCCCUUUGCCGACUUAUCGGGCAGUCUGAGCAGCGUGGCACCCACAAACGUGUCGUCCGACUUGCAGUCAAAGCUCGUCCUGCUGACACUGGCCUUCCCCAAACUCCGCAUCAUAUGGUCGUCAUCGCCCUACCAGACCGCCGAGAUAUUCGAGUCUCUCAAGGCGCAAGAGGAUGAACCGGACCCGAUUGCGGCCGUGCAAGCAGGCCUAGACAAGGACAUGAAGGCGGAAGACCAGGCGUUCAACCAGGAACCGCAGGAGAUGCUCGCCCUCGUCCCCGGCGUCACGCCCAAGAACAUCAAAACCCUGGUACUGGAAACAGAGAAUAUCAAAGAGGUGGCAAACAUGUCAGUGGGAGACCUGGAGCCCAUGGUUGGAAAAGUUGCCGGCAAGGCCAUACACGGGUUUUUCAACCGCAACGUCAUGGAAGAAGACGACUAG